GGAUAACCAGAUAUGGUAUAGAAUUUUGGAUGGUGUUGUGUGCAGGUCAAAAGCUUUGAUAAUGUCAGUGAGGACCUUCUGACUGGAUGUUCAUUUAGUGGAAUAGCUGUCGUAAGAGGUGAUUGAGUAAACGCAAGUAAAUCACUCACAGAAAUAUCAGAAGGGACAUGCAACUGGGAUCAAAUGACUACUCAGAUACGUUGUUUAAUUGAUCAGAAAGGAAUAGCCUGUUUCUAUCUCGGAUUGUUCAGAGUCUAAAAACGUCAAAAUGAUGUCCAGGACCAUGCCCACCAGGCGGAGUAAGACAUACCUGGAGGUGCCCGACGGCGGGCAGCUCAUGUCGAUUCACGAGUUAGACAAGCACAUAAACCAGGGGUCGCCGCGCAUCGUACAUCGGGCGUCGCCCAUGAUGAUUCAGAGAAAGAAACGGGAACAACGCCAGGCGCAAGAAGAGGUAGAGAAGAAACGUGUUCAUUCCAAGGCCAAACUGGUCGAGCCGUUAGAUUACGAGACGGUCAUCGUCAAGAAGAAACAAACGUUAUACAAUGAUCCACAACGAGAAAUGCUCUUAUUUCCGCAGGAUGACGUCUCUGGUGAAGGUAUAGAUGUCGCUGCAUCAGUCCUACCGCGAAGAUUCCGUACCGUACGGUGUUCGGUACCUGACUCGGCAACGAAGGAAGCAUCGAGUCUGUUCGUCAAAGAAUGCAUCAAAUCUUACAUGAACGAUUGGAACCUAGUACAUCAUAAAUACAACGCUUACUCGGGGACCUAUCAACAGUUACCAAGACGAACUCAUGAAAGGGAGGCACUACCAGAACAGACAUAUGAAGUGGAUGCUGAGUUUGAUGAGAAGGAUGAAGCAGUGGACACUCCGUCAAAUAAAACUCAGUCCAUCACGAAACAGGGCUGGUUAUACAAAGGCCCAGAUAGCCGGCAUGACACUGGCAUUAUCAGUUUUACCAGGUCGUUCAAACGGCGGUAUUUCUAUCUGAAGCAGCAAGCAGACACAACGUACGUGCUCGAAUUUCACAAAGAUGAUAAAAAGUUAGAGUCGAAAGGAACGAUAUACUUAGAUUCUGCAACCUCUGUAGUCAAGGUAAUCUAUCCCCCGAGUUCUAAACGUGGUCGUAACACGCUCGAGAUCAAUAUGCAGGAUAAGUCGUUCUACCUGCUUGGUGCCGACAGUGAGGGGGAGAUAGACGAUUGGAUCCGCACGCUGAAGAAAGUCGUCCAAUCGAAUGAGAACAAUAACGUCGAAUCGUCAGAUAAGAUGAAGACGCCCGCAGACAGAACGAGUCAAGACCUAGACUACGGGACGCAUCCGGAGCUGGCCAAGUAUGCACGAGAAACCGAUUCCUACCUGGCUAAUCUACGACAAGAAAAUAGACAAAAAGUCUUUCGAAUAUAUCCAGAUUUACCUCGGCCCAUCCUAAUGGGUGACUUAGACGAUUGUGAUGUUGACGUAUUCAGGGAACAAUUUGGUAAACGUUUCGUCGUGUCGUGCGAGGAAUUUAGAACCAAACUACAAGCGAAUAUAGCAGACGAUAAUGAACACGAAGUACUGGAUAAUCCCGAGCCAUUUUUCAUCUCCCUCAGCCUAUAUGACGCAAAGGAGGGGAAGAAAAUCUCCGAGGACUUUCACUACGACCCCAACUCACCGGCUGUCCGUAAGAUGAUUCCGCGGGAGAUGUUACAGGCCAACGACAAGCUCAAUACCGUCAAUGGUAACACGUCAGAGCCCGAGUUACACCGGCUGGAGGAGAGCUGGUUAUUAGGUUGUAAAAAAUGCGUAUUUUCUGUGAUAAAGUCACACGCAGACAUCUACUUGGUGUGCAAGAUCGAGAAAAUUCUGCAAAGUGGCAUAUCGGCAGCAACAGACCCAUACAUAAAAAACACAGACUUAAAAGUAGGAACUAAGAUUCAUCGGCAGAUGAGAUUGGUUUGUAGCCGGAUAGGACAUUAUAGGAUGCCGUUCGGUUGGGCGGCACGACCGGUUUUUAGACCGUUCAGCACUGAGUUGGAUACGUCGACCGAUUUUGUGAUUUAUAAGCAGGAGAGUUCCCGAGUGUCGGAAGAGGAGUUAAUCAGACAUUUACAGGACAUUAGGCGGCCGGAGAAGCAAGCAAAAUGGCAAGUGAUCCCGGCCACUUUCAAAGUCAAGAUAGAACCAUUUGAGGAGGGGAAGACACCGCUAAGCAAUAUACUGAAUCCAUCCCUCGUCCCUGUUCGACCAUUCGCCAACCCACCAGAACAGCCGCCAUCGCAUGAAGUAGAGGAAUUCAACCCAGAAACGGGUCACACCAGUUUCCCAUACACCGCAUAUGGGAACAGUCUCUACGUCUAUCCGAAACAGUUGAAGUACGACUCCCAGAAAACGUUCACCAAGGCCAGGAAUCUUGCGUGCUGUAUCGAGCUCAGGGACUCGGACGCAGAUGGCACUGUACCAUUGAAGUGUAUAUACGGGCAUGCGUGCAAUUCAGUAUUCACCACUGUGGCUAGUACAGCAGUAUUACAUCACCUUUACACUCCAGACUUCUAUGAGGAGGUGAAGAUGGCGCUACCAGUCCAGCUACACGAUAAGCACCACCUUUUGUUUACAUUCUACCAUGUCAGCUGUGAUACGCGGCCGCCGUCCAGGGGGUCGACCAACAAGAGGAAAGAACAUAUAGAGACUGUCGUGGGGUAUGCGUGGCUCCCCCUGCUCACACAGGGAAGAGUGAACGUUGGAGAACAACACCUCUCUAUAGCCACUAUCCUCCCAGCCGGGUAUCUGGCCUACGAACCACUAGGUCUUGGAAAAGGGACUUCUUCAUUUUAUGUGCGUCAACACUCCGGUCCGGAGAUCCGAUGGGUCGAAGGGGCCAAGCAGCUCUUCAGAUGCGAUUUGAGGUUGAUCUCGACAGUCUACACCAAGGACCCCCAUCUCCACAACUUCUUCCAGCACUGUCAGAAGACGGACGGUUCCCCCACACCCGCCAACGACAUGGAGACCAGCAAUAAACUCAAGUCGUUACUUGCCGUUGAUGUUGGAACAAUGAUCAACUUCUUGCCGACCUUGAUCAAUCAACUAUUCCGUCUCCUGCCACAGACGAAUAGCGAAGACGUUGCCAUGAAUACUGUCAAGGUGCUGAUAAAUGUGGUUGCCAUGGUGACUGAAGUCGGAAAACAGGACAUCCUGCAUUCGUUUGUCAAGUACGUCUUCAUGACUGAACCCGCCCCGUCGCAGAAACACAAGACGAUUCACGAAGAACUCGCCAAGUAUUUGACGUCCACGUUACGGCCGGCCAACACGGACCAGCUCGUGAUCUACAAAUUUCUGCACCAUUCGUGGUUUUUCUUUGAAAUCUUGAUCAAGAGUAUGGCGCAGCAUCUGCUAGUGACGGGGAGAAUUAAGAUGCCGAGAAACGAACGCUUUCCCUCCAACUACCAGUACCGUGUGCAAACCAUGGUACAGACACUGCUGCCCCACAUCAUGACUAAGUUCAAAGAGAUACCCAAGGAAACACAGCUCGCCAAUAGGAGCUUGGCUAACUUCAUCAAGUCAUGUUUCACGUUCAUGGACCGAGGCUUUGUCUUCAGACUCAUCAACUUCUACAUGGACAGCUUCAACAUUGGUGAUCCUAAGGUGCUGCAUGAAUACAAGUUCGAUUUCCUACGCAUCGUCUGCAGCCAUGAACACUUCAUCCCACUCAACCUGCCCAUGAUGAAGAAAGGUCACGUGAAAAGUUACAAAGAUAUAAAGAAAGAAGAUCUAAAGCAUGACUACACACUGUCAGAGGAAUUCCGUAAGAACCAUUUCCUUGUUGGCCUGCUGUUGGAAGAAUGCAAGUCGGCGCUGAAUGAACUACCGGAAAUACGCAAAUUUGCCAUCUCUGUUUUGAGGAAUUUGUUGGCGAAACAUUCGUUCGAUGACAGGUUUUCAUCAAAGCAACAGCAGAGUCGCAUCGCCAAUCUCUACCUACCUCUCAUCACCCUCAUCCUGGAGAACAUAAACCGCCUGAGUCCCAUCGAGGUCAAGCAGACGGCCACGCUACCCAAUGGGGACGCGCAUCCAGACACGCCGGAUACACCUAACAAGGGUGGGACACUGCCCCAGCAUCGUAGCAUGAUCUCCCUGCCGACUGCCGAGGGAAAUGUGGAACGAACGGGAACGAAUCCAAGGGAGAAGUCGAAUAGAGAUUCUAGUGUAUUUGCCAUGAUUGCAGCUCCCUCUGUUGGCAGUGUCAGUAUCUCUGAACCGAAGCCGCUGCAGGGCUCAAACUCAAUCCACGGCUCAAGUACCUCACUGGCGAGCAACGCGUCCAGCAUUCAUUCGAACAUGACCAAUCAUUCGAAUAUGACGAAUGCGACGGAUCGUCAUAGCGAGGUGACGGAACGGGAGAGGUCAUCGAGGGCGGACUCCAUCAAGGAGAACGGCCGCCCGGAUAAGCUGGGGCAGCAUCAUAGGAGGUCAUUGGCAAUGUUGCUGCCUGAUUUUGCCUGCUUUGGGGCACCAAACGGUCAGAAUAUUUGGGAAGAAAUCAACUCUGAUCCUGAAAGAUCUCAGUCCAUGUGCGGUACCCCACUCGUCCCCAGGACUGACAGAUUAGACUCACAAGAAGUCAAAGAUCUACUUGUGUCGUUCAUUUACAUCGUGAAAAACCUGUCUGAGGAUAUCCUGCUGGGGUGGUUCAACAACUCGUCAGAGUUCGAUAUCCUAGACUUCUUCAAUGUGUUAGAUUUGUCAUUGUUUCACUUUAAAUACAUCGGGAAGAAUAGAAUAUUAGCUCUUAGUCGGAUAAGCGACUCGAGUCGCAAGGCGCAGACGUUGCAGCCAAGACGCGCUGCACAAAUGUACCUUCACGGCGGGCAGCGCACCCUCAGUCAGUACGGGGAAAUAUCAGAAGCAGGCAACUACAAUCCACCAGAACCUACUCAACCAGGGUCAAGGUCGCGCCUGAUGUCGCGAUCAAGCUGGACGUGUUCGCCGACACAGUCUGAUGCCGAGGCAAUGUAUAGAACCAUGUUGGAGGCCAACCUUGCUACAGAGAUCGGGAUGGUAGCUCUCGAUGUCGUCAGCUUGUACUGCAAUAACUUCAAGGAGCAGCUCGUGUACAAAUUCGGUGACAACGCCGUCAUGAAGAAAGUGUUUGAGAUCUACCUCUCAUUCCUGGCCUCAGGUCAGUCACAGACAUUGCUCAAACAUGCGUUUGCCGCCAUGAGGGCCUUCAUUUACAAGUUUCCAAUGGUGCUGUAUCAAGGGAAUGCCACAAUGUGUGGUGACCUCUGCUACGAGAUCUUGCAUUGUUGUAACUCACGGUUACGGACGACAAGGAGUGAAGCUUGCGCUCUCAUGUACAUGCUGAUGAGGAGUAACUUUGAAUUCAGCGGGAAGAGUGGAUUCACGAGAGUCCAUUUGCAGAUGAUCAUCUCGGUGUCUCAACUGAUCAGUGAUGUCGUGGGUAUCAACGGAUCGAGAUUCUCUGAGAGUUUGUCCAUAAUCAACAGCUAUGCCAGCAGUGACAAGGUCAUGCAGCACACUGCCUUCCCAGUUGAAGUAAAAGACCUAACGAAACGUAUUCGCACCGUCCUGAUGGCUACCGCUCAGAUGAAGGAGCACGAGAAUGACCCCGAGAUGUUGAUUGACCUCCAGUACAGCUUGGCCAAGUCAUACGCCAGUACGCCGGAACUCAGGAAGACCUGGCUCGACUCUAUGGCCAAGAUUCACAUCAAGCAUGAUAACCAUUCAGAGGCUGCCCACUGCUACCUCCAUGUCGCUGCCCUGAUCGCCGAAUAUUUAAAACGAAGAGCGUUGUACCCGCGUUAUGAACCGCUCGGAAGUGGGCUACCAGUUGGAACCUACCCUCAGGGCUGUACAGCAUUCAAGAAGAUCUCACCAAACAUUGAGCCGGAGGAGUCUGGCAUCAAGGACGACACAGGGAUGCAGGAUGUGCAGUAUACUGAGGACACUCUGGUUGAACAGUUAGAGCAGUGUGCGCGAGGAUUCGAAAAGGCUGAGAGAUAUGAGAUGUUGGGGGAAAUAUAUCGUCUCAUCAUCCCCAUCUACGAGAAAAAGAGAGACUUUCAGAAACUGUCUGAAUCCUACCACACGAUCCACAGGAACUAUGACAAGGUUGUAGAGGUCAUGCAAUCAGGCAGACGGCUCCUGGGGAAGUUCUUCCGGGUGGCUUUCUUUGGACAGUUCUUUGAAGAAGAAGACAACAAACAGUACAUCUACAAGGAACCUCGUGUCACCAGCCUGACUGAAAUAUGCGAUCGUCUCAGGAAACUCUUCGAGGAAAAGUUCGGCAAAGAAAAUGUUAAACUUAUCAUGGAUUCGAAGAAGGUGAAUCCGCGAGACCUGAAUGCCAAAUAUGCCUACAUCCAAGUGACAUACGUCCAGCCCUACUUCGAUGAGAAAGAAUUGGAGGAACGCCAGACGGAAUUCGAACGCAGCAAUAACGUGCGACGAUUCACGUACGAGACGCCGUUUACGAAGAAUAAAGAGCGAGCUCAUGGUCUCAUUGAAGAGCAAUACAAGAGAAGGACCAUUUUGACAACCUCCCAUUCUUUCCCGUACGUCAAGAAACGCAUCAUGGUCGUCUACCACCAAGAGAUCGAACUCUCGCCGAUAGAGGUCGCCAUUGAUGAGAUGCAUUCGAAAACGACGGAUAUGAAUGAGGUGGUGCAAAGGUCGCCACCCGAUAUGAUCAAGUUACAAUUGAAACUCCAAGGAUGCGUAAGCGUCCAAGUGAACGCAGGACCCAUGGCGUACGCCGAUGCGUUCCUGUCUCCGGAUAAAGUAUUGGGUUAUCCACGGCACAAGGUGGAAAGCCUCAAAGACAUAUACCGCCAGUUCGUCGACGUGUGUAACCGCGCGCUGGAUUUGAACGCCACCCUGAUCAAGUCGGAGCAGAUGGAGUACCAAGAAGCCAUGAAGGAGAAUUUCUGUGAUAUCGUUCGUAAAUUAUCGAUGCUUUUUGAUGAACAGUUGUUAUGUCCGCCGUCGCCGGAUGAGACUACUGCCUGAGAUAGAGCGGCCGUCGCUCAGUCACCGUGCCUCACUAACCAUAUUCAAUGUGAUAAGCACCACGCCCGGAACAAGUAGUGUGUGAUAAUCGGCAAAGAAUGACAUCAUCAUUUGAAGAACCCACCUGGAGUAUUUGCAGUACCAAGCCAGAUAUUCCACACGUAAAAUCGGAUCUGGAUCAACGUGUAGAAAAACUGAAAUCAACUGAAAAUUGUAAACCCGUUUAUUUUUGCGCCAUUUAAGUUUUACUUAAGCAUCCUUUCCCAAUUUUGGUUCCAAUUAUUUCCGCGAAUCGGUGAAUUUCCCAAAGAUAAAACCAUAAAGUUAAACAUUUUUGCGCCCUUAAGUUCAGGAUUGUCCCCCUUCUCUCUUAAAAUUUGAGGUUUGCGAAAAUGAAAGGGUAUACAGUUGUUUUUCUCUGAUGUGAUAUCGCGAGGAUAAGAAAUAUCUUCUUGUGCCAGCGCUGUUAUUGUUUUUGCCAAAAUGCUUAUUUAUAUAUUAUACAAAGUGCAGCUCCCUUAUUUAACGUAGGCAUUAGCUCUUGAAAGUAGUUACAUAACUAGGUUUGAUAUAGAGUUUACAUUAUUAUUUGAUUUGGAUAAGGGGUCAUCUCAAAAAAUACACUGGUGCAAAAAACUCAACAAGAUUUGUUUCUUGUUGAAUGUCGCCCUCUGGGAGCGGAUAGAGAAACUAACGUUUGACAUGAGUGUUUUAUUGUUGUCGAUGCCCAAUCAUUCUCACUGAAAAUUUUUCAAAUAAGGUGGUCAAUUGAAAAUGAGGAUUUCGAUUUUGAGAUGGUUCCUCAUGACGGGCAAUAUAUUUGAUGAUACUGUAAAUCCACAAGAUUUAUUUUCACGGAAUUUGCAAAUAACCUCGCUUUGUGAAAGUAAAAUUUGUGAAAACAUUUUUUACGCGAGAAAUGGGAAGAAAUUUUGUAAUCCACAAAUUUUUUUUUCCAAAAAAAUUUUGUGGUUUAUUAUAUCAAGUGCCAAAUGAACUGGCUUUAAUUUUCAGGUUGGAGAAAAUUUCUGUUAGAAAAAACAUUUUUCAGAUUUUUCAUUCAUCUUAAUUGUAUUCGCUAGUCGUAGUAGUUGUGCCAUCUAGUUAUUCUUGUCAGUUUCUGUCUUAAAGGCCUCAUGCAACUGUUUAAAGUUCGACCAUUUGAAUUUGAAUUUGAAACCCAUCCAUUCCUGGACCUGGAAUUUAAUUGUAGUCACUCACUCACUCACUCCUACAACUUGACAUUUCUAGGUCAACUGUGCCACAAUUUAAUGGUAGUGAGGUCCGAAAAAGGUAUUUUUGCUUGAAUUAAGGGCCACCAAAAAAAUGGUGUUUGCAGAGUGAUGAGAGUGAAACAAAUUGGGCUGUACGUAAUGUACAAUGGAACCUCCCAUUGGGGACACCUCUCUAUUAAGAACAACACUAGUUUUGGUCCUACAUUGGUUGUUUCUAUUCAAAAUGCCCUCUCUAAUCAGGACGCCUCUCUAUUAAGGGCAGCACUUGUCAGUCCGGAUGGUGUCCUUAAUAGAGAGGUUUUAUUGUAUAAUAUAUUUAUAUGUAUCAUAUGUAAGUAAAAUAUCCAAGAACUUAUGCAGGUCUGUACAUACACAAGGAAAAUAUGGAUAAAGUUUAUCAUAAUUCUACAGGGUGUGUCAGAAAAGUUAUGAAUUGAACAUUCUGGGACACCCCCUACAUGUAGUGUACCUUCAGAACGAGGCACAGUGCUUUAUACACUGUAAACAGUGGUUCAUUGUAACCAUGGUGUUUUAGAAUAAUAAACCUGGUACAGCAGUUUGCAAACGCGUGGGUCAGAGUUUGGGGUAUUUGAGCCAAGUUCCAACCUUGAACAAAAAUGUGCUUCAGAGGGGUCAGUUACUUGAUUUUUUCUUUCUGGGACCCCACCUCCUGAAUUUUGGUGCGGGGGGGGACGUUGGUUACGACUGUAAAUGCUGUUAACCUUAUGUCGUUGAAAGGCCGGUUUCCAGUAGUUCAUUGGUGCGAACAGUUUCAAUGUGUGAUAUGAUAAACCUCUCAGUGCCUUUUGAUACAGAAUAUCUCAGCUCGGGUGUAUUCAAGUCAAACACUGUUGCAAUAUUGUUACGCUAUGAGAUUUACUGUGAUCACGUGUUCCACUUCUACUCUGAUUUGCUGAUAAAACACAGCAAUUAAAGUGGACAAGUCUCUUUGAAGGUAAUUAGCUAAUUACCUGGGGGGGGGGGGGGUAAUUAGCUAAUUACCGGCGUGGUAAUGGGUGAGGGGUGUAUGUAAUCGUGGCAAUACAUGUAGUAUUGUCCAAUGUCCUUUCACAUAUGUACAGGGUGGCCCAAAAUUAUUUUCCCUCACACAAUGGAUACACAAUUGAAUUCUCUUGUGCACGGGAGAAUAAUUCUGGGCCACCCUGUAGUUUAAUCAACAAUGGUUUGAUGGAAUAUCAUUUAAGUUGACGUGGUCACGUUCCUUUUGGCUCUGCUUCAUGAUAAUUUAUGUUUUAUGUAAUUCAAUACUGAAUUAUAUAAUACAGACAUGUGUAUUAUGACUCUAUUAUAUUUAUGGAAAGUAAUUAUUCAAUACUCUUUUGUGAGAAAUUUGGUUGCAUUAUUCAAGAUAUUUGACUGGCUCUGGCUAAGGAUACACGUCUUGCAUUUUGGGAAAAGUGAGGUAAAAAAUUUGAAAAUCUUUUUUCGGGGAAAAAAUGAUUGUAUGACUUUACUGAAUAACUUCAGCAAUGUCUAGAGGUGUUUGAGACCGCUUAAGCAAUGAAAAACAGCCAAUCGGCUCCUUUUCUUACUUUACUGAAUAAACUCAGCUAUGUCUAGAGGUGUUUGAGACCGCUUAAGCCAUAAAAAACAGCCAAUCAGCUCCCUUUUUCUACUAAGUAAUCUAUUUUUUGACAAGCUUUUCUCCAAUUCAAAAUUUCAGGAGUGAUGUAUUCCGAAGUCGGUAUCUUGCGAAUUGUGCAAAUAAUCUCUAUUUAAAUCUCAAAAUGAUUUUUUUGUUCGAAAAAGGAUAAGAAAUUAUGUAUUUGCCAAAAUAACAAUUGUGAACAUUUUUUGAAUUUUCACAACUCUUGAAAAUUUUGCUAUUUAGAGUAUGAUAAAUUUGAGUUACAUAACAACUUGUAGGACUUUCAGUUCUCCUGAUGGAUAUAUCAGAGUUUCACCAUGUAUAUUUGGUCUUUAAUGUAUUGUCUGUACAUAUUUGCAUGUUUUAUGCGCAAUAUGGUGACUGAGUUCGGGUCACGAUGAAAAUGUUUUAUAAAUUGACUAUGUUGCUGUUGCUUGUAAAAUAACAAGCUUUCUUAUAUGAACAAUGAUAAAGAUUUUCUCACUAUGGAACUAAAAAAUAAAAUAACAAAUACCUGAAAA